AUGGACAUGUCCAACUCACGGCAAAGUGUCGAUGGUACCGAUACGUCAGCCCCUCCACCUCCACCUCCACCACCACCACCACCACCACCACCAUGGCCUUCAUCUCCUCCAGAUGCCUUGUCCCUUUACGGAAUUGCCCGUCGCUAUUGCAGAGAAAGGAUCCUUGUCGCUCCACUUCACUGGACCAACCGUCAACUUGAGCUUCUACGCAUCUCCUUCAGCGAACCGUCAUCUCCUGCGCCGCCACCAGGCCCCCCAAAGUAUACUGGUAAACGCGCUGGGCUAUCUCUCAUAAAUGAUUAUUAUGAGAAUUACCAUGACUUUUCCAAGCGCGAGUACUACGUUAGUGAAAUGAUCGAGGGGGAGCAAGGCCCAUUUGGAUUCAUACCUGGGGAAAGUUUUGCUUUUACAAUAAAGCAUGAUCCUUUUUUGGCGUCCGUUCACUGCGGUUAUAUGCUCCGCCGAGACUGGGUCGAUCCGUUAGACCACUAUCCGGUUGCUGCAUAUAUCGAUCACGGAGUGCUCGAAGCUCGUCGAGAACACUCCGUACAUCUUCGGAAAUGCAGCUCUAGCAACCUUCCUAUGCAGGCAUUAAUCCGUCAUAAAUUGAAAGAGAUUCGCCCGGCAAACCCAUUGAAGGAUCCUUAUAUCGCGGCAGUGAUGAUUGCUCUCGCGCAAGGCAAGUGGGGCCAUGUGGAAGGUGAAAGACCCGAACUCCUACCUACGUUGACGGUAUAUCCGUCGUACGUCUUGACCUCGUCCGAAUCUGCAGAAUGCAUGCACCUCUUCAAGGCCGAGCUCCCGUCUUCAUUGUUGGAUAUGUUCAUAUCUCCUACUGUCGCUCCACCACCCUGGGAGCCCAUCACCAUUCAGGUUUUCACGAUCCCGGUUGAGCCUGCUCUCACCUUUCGCGAUCGGCUUUCUGCUCUGAUAGAUCGAACAAACAUAGAUCCUUCCUUUGGAGAUCCUUCCAAUGGAGAUCCUUCCAAUGGAGAUCCUUCCAAUAGAAACAAAAGGAAAAGCACGGAUACUCUCAAGGCCCUCAUGGCUGGAGGUGUGUAG